AUGGCAUUUCCGUCAGCAGCAUUACUUAAAGAACACGAACAAUUUCUUAAACGAAAAGCUGAUGCAGUAACGCUGCUUGCCUCAACUGAAAAAAGUCAAAAUGUUGAUAAUAUAUCAUCACAAAAAAUAAGUCAAAAAAAGUCAAUAUUGGGUCGAUCAAAAACAUUACCAGAUUUCAGAACUGAUUAUCAUUCAUCAAAUACUUCUAAACAAGCACAAUUCUUAAUAUUAAAAAAUAUUGUUGAAAAAUUGCAAGAACGUUUUUUUAGUGGACAAACUGAUCGAUUAAUAUUGGAUGAAAUUAUAAAAGAAUAUGGUCUUAUAAUUAAUUCAUCUGAUAAACAUUGGCUUGCUUCACAAGCACUUUUAUCAAAUGAAAGAAUUGCUGUUGAUAGAAUCAAUGAUACUCAUAGAUUCGUAUAUAAGCCACCAUUUAAUUUAAAUGCUCGAAAAAGAUCUUCACUUCUUACUCUUUUGAAAUCACGACAUGAUAAAUGUGAAGGUGCUCUAACUGUUGAGAAUGUACAAGAUUCAAUACCAAAAGAAAGAGCCGAUAAUAUGAUUAGUAGGUUAAUAGAAAGUGGUGACAUUGUUAAAGUAAAAAGCAAUAAAACAGAAGUUUUAUUUUAUACUGAUAAUUAUUAUAAACUUCCUAUUCAUCCAGAAUUUAUUCAUUUAUGGAACGAACUAUCAGUUGAACAUUUAAGUAAUGAGAAGAUUCAGGAAUUUAUUGAGAAAGAAGGACAUUAUGGCUUAAAAACGAGUGCACCAAAACAAGCACAAUUACCAACAAAAAUAUCAAAAUCACGAGUUCAACGUCGUGAUAUGGUAAAACAUAAUCAACAUGUUGCUCAUCAACUCGUAGAUUAUUCCAAUUCCACAAAUAAAAAAUAA